AUGGCAUGUGAAAAUAAAACCCAGGUGACAGAAUUUAUCCUGGAAGGUCUUUCAAAAGAUGUAACAAUACAGUCCAAACUCCUAUUAAUUUUUUCCUUCAUAUAUACAAUUACCCUCAUUGGAAACUUCACUCUGAUUCUCCUGACAAGAAUAGACAGUGAAUUAUCUACUCCUAUGUAUUAUUUCCUUUUUAACCUCUCUCUUUUGGACAUAAGUUUCACCACUGUCACCGUCCCAAAUAUGUUAGUCAAUCUUUACUCCAAAAAGAAAUCAAUUACAUAUAUAGGAUGUUUCACCCAGUUGUAUUUCUUACAUUUUUUGGGAAGUUCUGAAUGUCUUUUGUUGGCUAUCAUGAGUUUGCAUCGUUACAUGGCUAUAUGUGAGCCUCUCAGGUAUACCCAAAUUAUGAACAUGGAUGUUUGUCUACGGAUGGCACUUGGCUGUUGGUUCAGUGGUGUUUUAUUCUCAUGUUCUCAUACAUUUCAUGUAGCAAGUUUAUCAUUUUGUAAUUCAAAUGUGAUCAACCACUUUUUCUGUGAUAUCCCGCCACUUCAUCAGGUGUCAGCCACUGACACACGCAGAAGUACUUUGGAAAUAUUUAUAUUAGGUGGAUUUGUUGCAGGAGGGUGUUUUCUCUUGACCAUGGUUUCCUAUGUUCUAAUAAUAAGUUCAAUACUGAAAAUUAAUUCAGCAAAAGGAAAAAGUAAAGCUUUCUCAACUUGUGCUUCCCAUCUAAUGGUGGUUUCCAUUUUCUUUGGGACCAUACUCUUUAUGUAUCUAAGACCUCCAUCUGCUUACUCUCUAGAGAACGAUAAAUUGUUCUGUGUUUUUUACAAUAUUUUUACACCCAUGCUCAAUCCAGUAAUUUACAGUUUUCGGAAUAAAGAUGUAAAAAGAGCUAUGGUGAGAUUGUCCAAAAAGAUGAGCAGUUAUUCUUGA